AUUAGUAAUAUUUAUUUGCCGAAAGUUAGUUUUAACAUUAAAUUCUCUUACAAUUAAAUUUGCACAUUUCAUUUCGUACGCAAUAGAAAGGAGUGAGUUAUAUAACCUUGAAUCACGGGAUCUUACUAUUGAUCAGUACUAGGUAAAAUACAAUUAGAUUCCAGAUCCAUUUUAUUAAAAAUUACAUAGACAGAAACAAACAUGCAUCGUGCAAGAAUAGUGCUUCAAACAUCUAACAAAUUAGGCAACGGCGAGAGAUUUGCGUCAUGGCUUUUAAACAAACCACAGAGUGCUGCUGUAACAGUAAACGCCCAAAGGCUGAAGAGUUCUACAGCAGCAGAACCAUUCCUUAAUGGUUCCAGCUCCGCCUAUGUUGAGACUAUGUACAAUGCAUGGCUCUCAGACCCCAACUCUGUGCAUGCGUCUUGGGACGCGUUCUUCCGCAAUGCGACCGCGGGCGCGCAGCCCGGCGUCGCGUACACCCCGCCGCCUAACUUAGCGCCUUACGCCAAGAAUGAGGUGCCCCUCACGUCACUCGUUCCCGCCUCCGCCGGUAUGCCAUCCAUCGCAUCAGGUUCUCCCAUCAAUGAAAAAAUCAUCGACGACCACUUGGCCGUGCAGGCGAUCAUCAGAAGCUACCAGUCUCGGGGCCACCUCGUGGCGCGACUCGAUCCCCUGGGCAUCGUCACCGGGGACCCGGUCUCGAGCGGCGAGUGGCACGGCGGCCUACGCGCCUUCGCCACCGAGGCCGUCAUUAGACAACACGUGCGAUUCGAUGAAGCCGACAUGGACAGAGUUUUUAAACUCCCUUCGACUACUUUUAUCGGAGAAAAAGAAAAGGCUUUGCCACUUAGGGAAAUCUUGAACCGUCUAGAGGAAGCUUACUGCAAUAACAUCGGCAUUGAGUUUAUGUUCAUCAACUCGUUGGAGCAAUGCAACUGGAUCCGACAGCGUAUGGAGCCGCCGAAUGUCACCAAGAUGAGCCCCGACCAGAAGCGUUUGAUCCUUGCUCGUCUCACCAGAUCUACAGGUUUCGAGAACUUCCUGGCGAAGAAAUGGUCGUCAGAGAAACGUUUCGGUCUCGAGGGAUGCGAGAUCCUUAUCCCCGCAAUGAAACAGGUCAUCGAUGUAUCUACAAAGCUGGGAGUUGAGUCUAUCAUUAUGGGCAUGCCGCAUAGAGGACGUCUGAAUGUGUUGGCCAACGUGUGCCGCAAACCUCUCCACCAGUUGUUCACUCAGUUCGCUGGACUCGAGGCUGAAGAUGACGGUUCCGGGGACGUGAAAUACCAUUUGGGUACAUACAUCGAGCGCCUGAACCGCGUCACCAACAAGAACAUCCGGCUGGCGGUGUGCGCCAACCCCUCCCAUCUAGAGGCCGUGGACCCCGUGGUGCAGGGCAAGACCAGGGCCGAGCAGUUCUACAGGGGAGACAAUGAAGGGAAAAAGGUGAUGUCAAUCUUGCUGCACGGCGACGCGGCGUUCGCGGGCCAGGGCGUGGUGUUCGAGACGAUGCAUCUGUCGGACCUGCCUGCCUACACCACGCACGGCACCGUGCACAUCGUCGUCAACAACCAGAUCGGCUUCACCACCGACCCCCGGCAUUCGCGCUCCUCCGCAUACUGUACAGACGUGGCUCGCGUGGUGAACGCGCCGAUCUUCCACGUGAACAGCGACAACCCGGAGGCGGUGAUGCACGUGUGCAACGUGGCGGCGGAGUGGCGCGCCACCUUCCACAAGGACGUCGUCAUCGACAUCGUCUCCUACCGCCGCAACGGACACAACGAGGUCGACGAGCCCAUGUUCACGCAGCCCCUCAUGUACCAGAAGAUCAGGAACACCAAGCCCGUAUUGGAGAAGUACGCGGACCAGCUGAUCACGGAGGGCGUGGUGACGGCGGAGGAGGUGAAGGACGUGAGGGACAAGUACGACAAGAUCUGCGAGGACGCGUACAACCAGGCCAAGCAGGAGACCCACAUCAAGUACAAGGACUGGCUCGACUCGCCCUGGUCCGGAUUCUUCGAGGGCAAGGACCCGCUCAAGAUGUCCCCGACGGGCGUGGUGGAGGAGACGCUGGUGCACAUCGGCAAGCGGUUCUCGUCGCCGCCGCCCAACGCCGCGGAGUUCCAGAUCCACAAGGGGCUGCUGCGCAUCCUCAAGUCCCGCAUGGAGAUGGUGGAGAACCGCACCGUGGACUGGGCGCUGGCAGAGGCCAUGGCCUUCGGCUCCCUGCUCAAGGAGGGCAUUCACGUGCGCCUCUCCGGAGAAGAUGUGGAGAGAGGCACCUUCUCGCACAGACAUCACGUGCUGCACCACCAGAAGGUGGACAAGGCGACGUACUGUGCGCUGGCGCAUCUCUACCCCGACCAGGCGCCCUACACCGUCUGCAACAGCUCCCUAUCCGAAUACGGCGUGCUCGGCUUCGAGGUGGGGUACUCGGUGACGAACCCCAACGCGCUGGUGCUGUGGGAGGCGCAGUUCGGGGACUUCAACAACGUGGCGCAGUGCAUCAUCGAUCAGUUCAUCUCCAGUGGACAGGCCAAGUGGGUGCGCCAGUCCGGCAUCGUGCUGCUGCAGCCGCACGGCAUGGAGGGCAUGGGACCGGAGCACUCGUCGGCCCGGCUGGAGCGCUUCCUGCAGAUGAGCUCCGACGACCCCGACUACAUGCCGCCGGAGAGCCCGGACUAUGAAGUUCGGCAGCUGCACGACAGCAACUGGAUAGUGGCGAACUGCUCGACCCCCGCGUCGUACUUCCACAUCCUGCGGCGGCAGAUCGCGCUGCCCUUCCGCAAGCCGCUCAUCCUCAUGACGCCCAAGUCGCUGCUGCGCCACCCCGAGUGCAAGUCCUCCUUCGACGACAUGAACGACGGCACCGCCUUCAAGAGAGUGAUCCCGGAGGAGGGCCCGGCGGCGCAGAACCCGCAGAACGUGCGCAAGCUGGCCUUCUGCUCCGGCCGCGUCUACUACGACCUGCUGAAGGAGCGCCGCGAGCGCGGCCUCGACAAGGACAUCGCUAUUGCCAGAGUGGAACAGAUCUCCCCGUUCCCGUACGACCUGAUCAAGGCGGAGGUGGCGAAGUACCCGAACGCGCAGCUGGUCUGGAGCCAGGAGGAACACAAGAACAUGGGCUCCUGGAGCUACGUGGAGCCACGUUUCCGCACCAUGCUGCAGAACCACAAGCAGAUCAGGGCAAAGUCCCAAUCUGGGGGCAGUUGGCUAAGCCAACUGCUGGGGCAGUCUCAGCCAGCCCCCACUGGCGGCACCUCGCACUCGGUGCCCAGAUACAUUAGCUACAACGGUCGCGCCACGGCCGCGUCGCCCGCCACCGGCUCCAAGGCCGCUCACAACAAGGAGCUCAAGAAUCUACUCGACGAGUUCUGCGUACUUUAAACGAAAACAACCUCGAAAUUAUACACAAUAGAUAAACCACCGCCAUCGAACACUUUUUCAUUAAAUAAGCCGAUUUUGUUAUAUGGUUACCUCCAACCGAAAUGUUUUGAUAUCGCAUCGUUCGCUGUUAAAAAUUUUCUAAAUGAAAAUUUUAUUUAAAACACGUUCCUCCACUGGCGAUAUGUUUACGUUUUUUGUAUUUUUUAAAUGUUACUGUCAGUAUUUUGCAACAAUUCUCUUCACGUUUAGGUAGAUUAGAUAAAAAAUUAUUUAUUUAUUUAAUUGUAGCAUAAUACGUGAUACGUAGCGUUUAUUUAAUUCUUAGAUCAAUUCCGUUCGUAGUCACCUUAGUAUUGGAUUUAAUGUUUAUGUUGCUAGAUUUUUUUUUUGUAAAUACAGAAUUAAUAAACUGUUGUAGACAAACAUUGUCAUGUAAGAGUUUUAAUUAUGUUGCUCCUAGUCUGAAAAAUGUUCAGCUUGCAAUUUAAUACACUUGUAGAAUUUAAAACUAAAAAAAGCUUGAUUAAUAAUGUCCAAUAGACAUUAAAUAAAUGUCGUGAAAAUUUGUAGCGUAUCAAAAUUAUUUAAAAACUCGUAUGACGAUAUUACAUUUGAGAUAUUUUUAGUUUUAAACGAAGCUGGAGUUUACAAAGAUAAUUUUUUUUUAGAUGAUUUGAAACUUGUAGUGAAUAUCUCUUGAUGCUGUAGUGAUGUAGUUACCGCCAUUAUGGCUUAUUGUAAGGACUAACACCAAAUCUAAUAUCUUCAAGGAAAUUUCCUAUAGUAGACUCGCCUUUUGGCCGGUUUUCAUCAUGCCAGUACAGUAGGACACUAACUUUAAAUCAGCGCUAUCGUAUAACUAGUAAAGUGUAAACACUAACUAGGCGCCCAAGUGGUCCAUGUCAGACCAACUCAACUGUCUUACUGUACUGGCUUAAUGCAAACCAGACAUGAACCUAUUUGUAAUAGUUUGAAAUUUUUUAAGUCUCUAAUAUACCUUGAUUAUUUUGAUUUAUAUUGCAAUGUUAAAAAGCAAAUUAGUGAUAUUUUUUAAAAUUAUUUUCGUAAUAUGUCUAAAUAUAUUUUGAACUUUAAGAAAUUUAGUUACUUGUCAAAUCAUAUUGGAAUAUUUCUAUUUCAGUUUGAUAGGUAAAUAUUAAUUGUUUUUUUUUAAGGCUUAAUUUGUGUAAAAAUUUCAUGCGAUAAUAAAUAGGUUAUGGGCGUUGUCUUUAGUACCGUUGUCUCAAAUACAAGUAUUGUAAAUUGUUAGUAUCCUUCUCCCGCUGUAUCACUCGCAUGUAUAAAGUGCACAGUUUUCUUAAUUAGUGUACACGUGAAGUUUCUAUGUUAUCUUGUAUUUUGGAAGUGGCUCGGGCGCUGGACGACUGACUGAAGCCGGAAUGUUAUGGUACGUAUGGAAGGUAAAUGUUUGACAGGUGAGACCCGAGCAAAUUUAUUGCUACGUAUCUUAGUUAUUACUUUACAAAAUAAACGUUUAUUCAAAUUUA